GCUUGUGCAGGAGACCCUGGUGGCCUUGACUUGAACUUCGCUGUGUCGCCCCUGUCUCCCUUUCGACUUCACCGGUUCCGGACGCAUUGACUUGCGGCACCACUUCCGAUACCCAUGAUAAAUAAGUCUUAGGCGCAACGGGUACGCUGGCUGGAACAGUUACUUGAGUGGUUAAAGUGAAGAAUACACGGCGUGACCGAGUGCUGAAGUGCGGGAGGAAUUCAACAUGGAUACUCCGACGAGCAACGGUCUCCCCGUUGGAGGCCCUGUUGCAGAGGACAAUAUCAUUAACCGAAGAGGUGGCGAGUCCAUCUACCAGAGCUGUGUGAACUUGAAACUUCGUCUGGCGGAGGUCCCCGGCUUUGAACAACAUUUGGAAGAGAUGGAAGCUGAAGAACGGGCCACAGCAGACCCCGUAAACUCCCUAUGGACCUGCCUUCGAGCCGGAUACCCGCUCAUAACCAUCUUCAACGCAUCGCAGCCCGAUGAGAUGCUCGAAAUCGAUCCGGACAAGGUGCCGGAAGCAAAGAGACCGAAGGCUGCUACUUUCAAGUUCCUUCAGGCUUGUCUUCAAGACAUGGGCUUUCCUCAGCAGGACUGCUUUCUGAUCACCGAUCUUUAUGGUGAAAACACGACUGGUUUUAUCAAGGUGAUUAAAAUGGUAAACCGUGUACUAGACAUACUCGAGAUGCAAGGUCGUCUCCGUCGGCCGUCAGCAGCAGUUUCCAGUUUGCAAGAAGGCCCAGAGGGCACUGUAAAACUUACGAAACGUCAGCACAUCCUCAAAGAACUACUUGUGACAGAACGUGACUACGUCCAUCAUCUGCAGAAUUUGCAGGCGUUGAAGAAGGAGCUUGAGGAGACCGGAGCACUUACUGGUGACUCGAGCCAUCAGAUAUUCAUGAACUUGAACGAUUUGUUAGACUCUGCGCAACGUUUCCUCAUACGAAUGGAACAACAUUAUGCUUUACCCGAAGAACGUCAAGAUUGGGGCCACCUGUUCAUCGAUAACGAAGAGUUCUUGCGAAGAUACGAACCAUUCAUCUCGAAUCAGUUACAAUGUGAUGAAGUAUGUCUUCGCGAAUGGGACAAGAUCAAGUCGGCUCCGCGUUCUAUAGAUUUACAGCAAAUGGUCGCAAUGCCCGCUACUCUCAACAGCUUUUUCGUCAAACCAUUCCAGCGGCUCACCAAGUAUCCACUCAUGCUUGGGGAACUUCGAAAGCAAACAGAUAACGAGGCGUUGAAGACACGGAUCACAAUGGCCAUCGACAUGAUUCAAUCUGUGCUCGAUUCCGCAAACGACGCCAUUGAUAAGGAACACCUUCAAGCAGCAAUGAUUGAUCUUGCGAAUCGUGUUGAUGACUGGAAAGCUCUCAAAGUGGAUGGUUUUGGUGACCUGCUACGCUUCGGAACCUUUACUGUUUUGAAAGGAGAAGGCAAUAAGGACUCGGAAAGAGAAUAUCAUAUCUAUCUAUUCCAGCGAAUUCUCCUUUGCUGCAAAGAUAUCAAUCCCAACAAGCAAAAGAGCAAACUCAUUGGCUCAAAGGAUAAGCCGUCGGCAAAUCUUAAAGGCAAGCCACGCCUUCAGCUCAAGGGCCGUAUCUAUAUGGCGAAUGUGACAGAUGUUGUGCUGCUUCAAAAACCAGGCUCUUAUCGUAUUCAGAUCUUCUGGAAAGGUGAUCCUGGCGUGGUUGACAACUUUAUCAUUCGGUACGUGAACGAAGAUAUCAUGAAAAAAUGGUACACGGACAUCGAUAAGCUGCGAGUGGAGAGUUAUAACAGCCGCCACGCCCGCAAUACCGGAACAUCAGACUCAGAGUUCACGUAUAUGCAGAAUAUGGCAGGAAUGGUCAAUCCGUACCAGCAGGAAUACGAAGCUGAAGAACCCGUUCAUGUUCAGUCGGCCUCGUUUUCGGAGUUCCCAGUUAGUAGAAAUGCGUCCAGCACCAGUCUUCGAGCCAGAUCAGCGACAGGAGGUAGCAGCGGAUCAAUCGGUCUUCCUGCUGCUCGUCCACCUCCCCGUUUCCCCUUGCCAGAAGUUCCUCCCUUAUUGCAGACACAGUUGUCAAACGGCAGUCUAUCUCCAGGCGAACGGGUGGUCGGCACAUCUUACUUUUCUCCGGUUACUGAAACCCCAUCUACACGUUCUAGUUCACAGUCAACAUUCAAUUAUCCCCGACAGAUGACACCCACCAAUGCGUGGAAUGAAGAAUCAAAUCGUACAUCAAACGGCGCUAACGGCCGUGUUCAACGACCAUCUUUACCGCCAAUGCCCGGGUCAGGGCAGACUUCAAGUCAGAUGUCACAACGGAUGCGAUCGGCUAGCAGUCCAGAUAUUCACAACACUCCGAGAUAUAUGAAUGGCCAUGCCAUGCAAACGAUCGACAACGUCCCGGUACCUCCAAUUCCACCUCAACUUCAGAGUAUGCGAGCACCGGUCAACCGCAGUCAGAAUAACUCACCAACAAACAACGGACUCCCGAUUCGAACAAUGGCACAAACACCUCUUGGAACAUCACGGCAUAUGCAAGGUGACUACAGUGAUGGAUAUUUCCCGGCAAUGGCUAACAGCCAGUCUUCUCUUUCUGAACAUCCUCUAUCCAUGUCGGGCACCCUCGAACCAGAUACACAGGCUUCCCAAGAGCCAAUCAUGCCAACUCAGCUGAAGGCGAAAGUCAACUUCGAUGACAACUAUGUAACUCUUGUUAUAGCCAGCAACAUUCUCUUCCGGUCCUUGACCGACCGGGUUGAUGCCAAACUUGCUCGGUUCACCAAUCGAUCCAUUGGCAGCAGAUCUGUUAGGCUACGAUACAAAGACGAGGAUGGCGACUUUAUUACUAUUGACAGCGACGAAGCAGUUCAACUCGCAUUCAUGGAAUGGAGAGAUCAGCACCAGGACAGCCUUGCGCAGGGUCAAGUCGGCGAAAUCCAGCUGUUCUGUCAAGCCGUCGAGAACUAAGAGUCGUCCGUUGCUAGUUUGCCAUAGAUCAAGCCUCUAUAAUUGCUGCUCGACUGAUACCAACCAACCCAUUUUUACUCUUAUGAUUCCAUUAGCAUUUCAAUGAGGCAGUUUACGGCGUUUUUUUUUAUCUUAAUCUAUGGCGUUUUUUGUUCCGGGUCGCAGAUAGAAAGAAAUGUUGGGUGGUGGUGUUGUUGUUGUUGUUGUUGUCUGCUGCUUCGCAAGAUCAUGGUCGUCUAAGCGUUCUGAAUUGUUGUUCAUCCUCAGGGAAAACCGGUACGUUGCGAGCGAUCAUGUCUGUUAUUCGGUGUUGAGCAUUGCUUCUAUUGAUUCAAUGGCUUAUUCUUUGCUUUCUUACAACUCACAUGUCCCCUCGAAGUUUUAAUCGUCCAUGUUCGAAUGUCUCUGGCCAGUCAUACUCGAAAUACCACCAUUUUGAUUUCUGGCCAGAGGCUAUUUUUGCAUUUUACAGCAUUCAACGAACCGUCACGUACUUUGAGAUGAAUUUUGUUCUAUAGUUAUUCACAUUUGACAACAUGUAUCGAGUUCAAUCUUCAAUCGGUUAUGUUAUGUCUAGGUAAUUUAGCAAUGCAAUGUCAAUUAUUCAACCAUAUC